UUCAAGAUUUGCAAGCGGCGGGCGGCCAACGGAAUUGUUCGCUGAUUUUUUAAGUUUUUGCAGAAGUUUGUUUACUCUGUGCUUUGGCAAUUGGCUAACAGUGUGUAGGUGUGUGAGAGUGUGUAUUGUGUGGAUAGAUGUAUGUGCACAAUUGCAGCAACAAUUGCAGUUAGCCGAGAAAACAACAGCAACAACAAACUGUAAAAUUCGUGUAGAAACAAAAGUGAAGCCGGUUUUAAAAAAUUACGCAAAAAAAAAACGAAACGAAAAUUGCCAACGUUAGUGUAUGAACGUUUGUGUUAAAUCAAGCGACAAAGAAAAAAUCAAUUAAAACGAGUUUAUAUUGCCAAUUGUGUAAAAGUGCUGUUCAAAUCAUCGACAACAACCAACAGUAACAACAACAGUAACAUCAGCGUCAAGGGGCAACUAAAACCAAAAAAACAAAAACUAUGAAAGCGUUUUACAUUUUGCUGACCAUCGCGGCAGUUGGUCUCGGAAGUGUCGCAUCCGCUACGGUACCCACAUCCGCUGCAGGCGACCCACAGCAGGCGGAGUAUGUGGACGCCUCCGAUCAAGUGUUCGCCUCACAGGGGACACCAACUGAUUUGCCUGAGACAGUUACAGCAGCAAUAUCGAGUGUGGGCAAUGCUUUCUGCAGCCUCAGCUCACCGGGACUGGAUGAAUGCAUUCGUGGACUUUUCCAGUUGAUUGUUCCGAAACUGAAGACUGAGGGCUUGCAGGAGCUUAACAUGGGCUCGAUUGAUCCGUAUUUCUAUCAGCGAGGCAUCUUCCGUUACUCUAACGAUGGCGUUCAAGGUGGCCUGCUCAUCAAGAACAUGGAAAUAAACGGCAUCAGCGGGUUAAAGGUGAACACAGUUGCCACCAAUUUUACAAACAAUGGUUUUGUCAUUAAAUUGGGUUUGGAGCUGCCCAAGCUGAAGGCUGGUGGACAAUUCAAGGCUGAUGUGAAGUUCGGCGGACUGCGCCUUGUGCCUAAGGGACCUUUCAACAUAACUAUUGACAACGUCAAGGCAACGGUGUUGACUGACGGACACAUUGAGGACCUUCCCAAUGGGAGCCGUCGCCUUAGUCUGCACCGCCUAAAUGCGAAUGUGAAUGUGGGCAGUGCUCGCGUGUUAGCCAACGGCAUCUUUUCGGACCGUAAUUUAAAUGCUAUGAUCCUGAAUCUGGUCAAUGAGAACUUACCGGAAAUAACACGUGUGGGAAUUCCUGCCACUCGUGAACAAUGGGCGCCCAUUUUGGUCACGCACAUCAACGAAUUCUUCGCCCCGGUUCCUAUAGAGAAACUUUUGGUUCAGUAAUAUGGGCUCAAUUCUUAACUUUUAUAUGCAUUGUAUUGCUAGUUAGUUAUUAGUUAUUAUAUACGAAUUAUCAGUUAUUAUUAAUGCUGCUUCCAAAUAGUUAACUUGCUUCACCAACUGUCACUUCAACAACGCAACAUAAAACUAAACUAAAUUGAUAUUUAUUUAUAAAAUUCACUCAGUUUAAGGAUUUCAA